AUGGCCUUCCCCAAGAAGCCCUGGUGGGGACAUGCCCAUGGCAAACUCACUGUGGAUGGAAGUAAAUCCCCUUCCACCCUAGCUUUCCCCACAGAACCCAGGCUGCGCCUCACUGGCGGCGGGUGCCGCUGCUCCGGGAUGCUGGAAGUGAACUGGGAUGGCAAAUGGAGCCGCGUGUGCCAGGAUGCUGUGACUGGAUCCGGUGCCGAUGGCAUGUGCCGGAGGCUGGGCUGCGGUCCCCCCAUCACCGGUCCCCUCCGCCUUGUGCUCACCAAUGGGAAGGAGCCGUCCCUGGACCCGCUGCGGUGCCUGAUGCAGGUGGAUGCUCCAAUGGGAUGCGUUUGGGAGCCGGCAAACUGCACGGAGCAUGCGGUCCUCACCUGCAGCGAGCCAGCAAAAACCACCCCAGUGCCUCCUCCAGUCACCACACCAGAGCCCACCGGGCCCCCCCGGCUGCGCCUGGUGGACGGUGAUACUGGUUGCUCUGGUUUCCUGGAGCUGCACAAGGCUGGGAUGUGGGGCUCGGUGGCCGCGGGCCGGAGCAUCCCAGCGGCACUGGCGACCCACGUAUGUGGGGCUCUGGGUUGUGGGAGCGCCCUGCACGGCUCCAUCCCACCACCACCACCGCCGCGGUGGGGCAGCCCCAUAGCGGUGCAAUGGGAGGUGAUGGAGCCCUGUGGGAGCCCCCAUGUCUUUGAGUGCUUCAAUGGGAGCAGUGGGAGGAGCGGAGCGGAGCCUGCGUUCAUCCGGUGCUCCGAUUCCCAACCCAAGGCCCUGCGGAGGCUGGCAUCCGGCCCCACACCAUGCGAAGGGGACAUCGAGGUCUUCCAUAGGGGCCAUUGGAGGGUGCUGUGUGACAACAGGACCCUGCGGGCGCAAUGGGGCAGGGAGCUGUGCCAGGAGCUGCGCUGCGGGAACCUCUCAUCCAGCACCAAAACCCAGGACCCCCCUUCCAUAGGGGUCACUUGUGGGGUGCCCAACCUGCACCUCUGCCCCCUUAGGGACACCCCGAGCUGCUCCAGCAUCCGGGUCGUGUGCCAGGACUCGAAGCCGCAUCCCAGUGGUCCAGCUGUGGGUACCAUCGCGAGCAUCUGCCUGGCCCUGCUGCUCCUCAGCAUCCUCUUGUUCCUCUGUGGUCCUCCAGUGUGCAGGGGGCUGAUGAAGAGAAGGUCCAGGAGGAAGCAGCGCCAAUGGAUCGGCCCCACGGGGCUCAACCAGACGGUCUCCUUCCACCGCACCAGCACCGCCCCACCGAGACCACGGCUGCAGGGGGGGGACAACGACUACGCUGAGCCCCCCCAGCAGAGCCCUGACCCCUCGGGGUACCCAGCCCUAGAGGGAGCUUUGGGACCUUCCAAGCCUAUGGAUAACUCCUCGGAGAGCGACUACGAGCUGAGCUCUGCACGCAGAGUGUGA